CCCGGGAAAUCGAAACUCAGCUGUUAAAACCGCUGCCCCUGCUCUUGAGAAUCGCAUCUCGAGACUGACCUGCAGCGGCGGCUCUGCUCCAUGUACUCCCGCAGUAGGACGUUGGGCUCCGGGCUCCGCGCCCCAGCCCCGCAGCCCGCCAGGGACCCCUCUGGGGGUCUCAGGGAACCGGGCCCGUUGCAGCGACCCAGCCGGGGCUUGGAGCAGGGCCCGGACGCCAGCAACGAGCACACCCCGCCGACGCUCACAAGUGCAUACACCUUGAUAAAACCAAAUGAAAGCCGAAGAAGUCAGAUACAAAGGAUUGCUGAGCAAGAGUUGGAGAACCUGGAGAAAUGGAAGGAGCAGCAUAGAGCGAAGCCCAUUAACCUAGUCCCAAGGCAGCUAGGUGGAAGCCAAUCAGAAGCUGAAGUCAGGCAGAAACAACAGCUACAACUGAUGCAGUCUAAAUACCAACAGAAGCUGAAAAGAGAGGAAUCCAUCAGAAUCAGAAAGGAAGCGGAAGAAGCUGAAAUCCAAAAGAUGAAGGCAAUUCAGAGAGAGAAGAGUAACAAACUAGAGGAGAAAAGAAGACUUCAUGAAAACCUUAGAAAAGAGGCAUUUAGAGAGCAUCGACAAUAUGUAACAUCUCAGAUGUUGAGCAAACUGAACACCACAUUACCAAACAGAAAUACCUGUCAAAUUGCUCCUUGUGAACCAGCACCUUCAACCUGGUCUAGAAGCCGGGCUUAUAAGGAUUCUUUAAAGGAAGAGGAAAAUAGAAGAUUACAAAAGAUGAAAGAGGAGCAACACCAGAAGAGUGAAUUGCUGAAAUUUAAGCAACAGCAACAGGAGGAACAAAGAAUCAGAAUCCACCAAUCUGAACAAAGGAGGGUAAAUAAUGCUUUUCUGGACCGACUCCAAGGCAAAAGUCAACCAGGUGGCCUCGAGCACUUUGGAGGCUAUUGGAAUAUGAAUAGUGGUAACAGCUGGGGUCCAUGAGAAAUAUUUACUUGCAUCUGGUUUUUGUCAACUGAUCUUACAAACACCUUCAUCAACCUCUGAACCCCCUGUUUUAAUGUCUUUAUUCAGCCUCACUGUUUUUACCUCGACUUUAUCUGCCAACCCACUCCACUGAGUGGCAGAGAUGGCCAGUUUCUCCCUAUCAUUUUUUAUGCAUAUUUGCAGAAGCUGAUUACUGAAUUCAUACUUAAUCUCAACUGCCAGUGAAAUCUUACAUUAUUUCUCUAAUUGGUUUCACCUUUUAUGGAAAGCAUAAUUACAGCAACAUUAAUAAGACAAAAAAUGAGAGAAUCAUUUGCUGAUUUCAUGUUAGAGCUGUGGGUGCUGCCUGCUUUUCUGUUGAAGAAGUUCAUUCUUAUCUAAUUCUCAGGUCAGACUGAGGGAAGCUUUGGCAUUUAAAAAAAUUUUAAAUUCUUGCAUACUGAACCCAGAAUAAAAAUAUUAAUUAAAGGAAAAAUAAAUCUUUUAUACUCUUAACUAUUUUAAAAUAA